AUGGGCUUUGGUAAAGGGACCACUAAGGUGCUCUACCAUAAUAUAUUUGUAGCGUCCCGAGACUCCCUGAAGACGAAAGAAGACACAAUACUCGGGCAAAAUAUGUAUUCAGUGCAUAGAAGGUGUCUGGGCUAUUGGCAUGGCCCAAAAGGCCAGCCCACCCAGCGAGAGUGGAGACGGGCAGACGUAUCCAUCCCUGUGACUGAGGAGCGGUCAGCAUCUCUGAACCAAAGAAAUGUCCCAAGUCCAAAUCUCCUUAUCCUUGUGCCCAUUCACCAUUUACUCUACGAAAUAAACAUAUAA